AUGUGCAUUCAAGAUUAUCGCUUGGCAUUUAGAACACCAGUUGGAGGAGAUGGAGGAGUUGGAACCAUCAAGAAGACUGACUUUGGGGAAGAUGGAGGUUCCAUCAUAAAGAACACCAGCAGCUACCACACCAAAGGUGAUGUUGAGAUCAAGGAAGAGCAUGUUAAGGCCGGGAAAGAGAAGGCCCAUGCUUUGUACAAGAUUAUUGAGACCUAUCUUGUGGCCAACCCUGAUGCCUACAACUAA